AUUUCAAGGUCUCGCUGUGAAAUGUGAAUGGAAUUUUGAUUUUUGAUAAUUACUUUUUCUGUGAUUUUACGUAAAAUAAACUUUUUAUUUGCCAUCGAAUCUAAAGAAUUAUGCCGGAAAUGUCUUUAGCGGACUCCAUAGUUACGUCCUUAAAUGAUGCGGGAUGUACCUUAUCCUCCUGAAAGACUUCUAUUUCACCAUUUCAGCUUCAGUCUGCUCUAGUUUACGGUGAUAUAAAUGAAAGACAUGACGUCAGAAGAACGAUUCGUUUUUGCACAAGAGCCAUGGCCAGACAACGUGAAGCUGUUCCAGCCUUACGAGGUAGAACAGAUACUGUUACCUGACAAUGCAAGCUGUCUUGCAGUACAAGCAUUUUUAAAGAUGUGCAACCUUCCGUUCGAAGUAGAGAUGCGGUGGAACGCGGAGUUCAUGUCUCCGUCGGGGCGGGUGCCGUUCAUCAAAUGCGGCGCCUUCGUGGUCCCCGAGCUGGAGUCCAUCGCUCAGUUUGCCGCCAACAAGGGCGUGACGCUCACUUCCAAACUGUCGUCGGAGGAGCGGGCAGAGAUGAGGGCCUACAUGAGUCUUAUUACCAAUGUCCUGGUUAAUGCAGAGUUAUACAUAUCAUGGCUAGACCAAGAGACAUUCAACGCGGUGACGAAAGUCCGCAACUCAUCGGUAUACCCGUGGCCGCUGGGCUGGAUACAGACGAGGUCCAAACGAGCUGCCGUCGUCAAGAGACUGAAGGCUCUGCACUGGCACGAUAAGACACUGGACCAGGUGUUGGCUGAUGUAGAGCAGUGCUGUAAUUCGUUAAGUCAGCGCCUAGGUGACAAGGAAUUCUUCUUUGGAACGCCAACGGAGCUAGACGCUUUAGUGUUCGGUCACGUAUUCACGAUCAUCACAACCCGGCUGCCGUGCCGGCGGCUCGCUGACACGGUCAGUAAGUGCACCAGCCUGGUCAGCCUGGCCAAGAGGAUCGACGAGAGAUACUUCAAGCGGCCCUAGCAUACGGCCAAGUAUAGGAAGACGCACUGCCUGCCGCUCGCACAGCUGCUCGGCUGCACAAAGAAGCAGAAGUAAACGUAUCGCUUGUCUCUUUCGCUCAUGUUGCUAGCUCGGAUCGAUUUGCGAUAGCAAUGCUAAAG